AUGUCUCGUCCAAGUCUCAAUACUGAGGUCUACCCAGCCAUCUCGCCGGAAACGCUGGGGAAGGCCAACCAGGGAAAGGUGGCAGUGGUCACUGGUGCAGCUCGCGGCAUUGGAAAGGCGAUUGCGGAAGCUCUAGCCAAGACUGGAGCACAUGUUGCAUUGUUGGAUCUCGAUGUCGAGCGUCAGAGCCAAGCGAAGGCCGACUGCGAGCGCCAUGGUGUCAAGGCUAUUCCUUACGCCUGUGAUGUGACAAAGUUCGACUUAGUUGAGAAGGUGUUUCGCCAAAUAGUGACCGACCUUGGCCCAGUGAUUCUUGUGAACAACGCAGGAAAGAAUAAUCGCCUGCCCAUGAUCAUGGAGACGUUCGAUGACUUCUGGGCUGCCAUCGACCUGAAUUUAAAAGCUGUGAGCUAUGCCGGAAUCGGUGCCCCUCUCUUGACCGUAUAUUAA